AAUAUAAUAUAUGAUAUUAAAGGCGCAGAAAGGGCAAAAUAUUUUCAGUUCCAUUUGGUUUCAAAGCUGCGUUCUCUCCGUAUUACACAAAUUGAAAAGAAAGCUUUGACGCCGACGCAACAAUGGCGGACGAUGAUUAUGAUAUGGACGGAGGAUACGUGGACGAGCCAAUGGAUCCUGAACCUGAUGAAGGAGCAGAGAUUGAAGAAGAUAAUGGCAACAAUGACGACAUACCAGAUCCCCUGAUGGGUGAAGGUGAGGAAAAAACAGAGCAGCAAGAACCUGUGGAACGACCUCGUAAAACAUCAAAGUUUAUGACAAAAUAUGAACGUGCGAGAAUCCUGGGAACUCGUGCACUCCAGAUCAGCAUGAAUGCACCUGUGAUGGUUGAGCUGGAAGGAGAAACUGACCCACUUGAGAUUGCAAUGAAAGAGCUCCGAGAGAGGAAGAUACCAUUCACAAUUCGCCGUUACUUGCCUGAUGGAAGUUAUGAAGAUUGGGGAGUUGAUGAAUUGAUUGUUGAGGAUUCAUGGAAGAGACAAGUCGGAGGAACUUGACAGCGGAAGUCCCUCUUUGCUUGUUACUGCAGACUUAUUAGGAAUGUUAUCCGUCGUUUCUGAUUGUCUUACUCUGCUGAAUUGUUGCUGACUUAAUAUUACUAUGAAUAUAUUUUGGAAAACUCAAGUGAUUAGUCGUAUGGGCUGUUUCUUUUAGUACAAGUAUGGGCACCGAGUUUGGUACGCCUUGCAAACGCAACGGAGAUGAUUGCCAGUUGGGUCCUAAGACUCCACAAGUUUGUUAAACACCUUUUAAGCAGUUCUUUUGUUUUAGUAGUUUCUUUCUCAAGUCUUUA